GAUUUCCGUUUAUAGAUUACAAUUAUUUACUUUAGAUGCAAUAAUUGUGAAAAUUCGAUUAUCAUGUUAGACGUGGAAACACCUCAUUGGUGGAUGAACUAUGCAAAAUAAAAGUGCCUGAGUAAAACUAGAAAAAUUAGCAAUAGAUUUGCUAUAAUAGACAUAAGUUUCAUAUCGAGUGAAUUUUCCAAUAUGAAGAAGUUUAUAUUUUUUGUUGUAGCUGUUGUAGUGGCUGUUUGGGCUGACGAUGCAACAGAACAGAAGAGAACAGAGGAAUUCGAAAACUUACAGGAAAAUUUAAACACUUGUCAGCAGAAUUUGGGCCUGCUACCUAGUGACAUUCAAACCAAAGGGUAUGCUCACGUAAAAGAGGAGGACAAGGAUUACAUAGGAGCCAUUAUGCUCUGUGUAUAUACCAAAGUAGGUGUUAUGUCAGAAAAUGGAGAUUUAAUUGAAGCAAGAGUUCAGAGUCUUUAUACUAAUCUACGAGGGGACUCACACCGUACAAAAGAAACAAUACAAAAAAUUUUGAAGGAAUGUAAGCCAAACGAUAAUGAUUCUCCUAAGCGUAAAGCUUUCUCUUAUGAAGCGUGUUUAGAUAGAUUAAAUUAAUGCGUGUAAGUUAAUGCGUUAAGUCCAUUUUUCAUUUUAUUAAACUCUAAUCCUUAUAUUAGAAGAUGUAAAUUUGAAUUAAACUAUAAUAAAAAUUUACUCUUC